AUGAUCAGUGCCUGCGAAGGAGUUAAUAAAUGUCAUUUUCAACCAUAUCAGAAGAUAUUAUUCUUCAACAAUAAUGAUAAAUGUGAAAAACAUUAUGCAAAUAUAAUGAAACUAAAAGAUCGAAUUAAUAAACCAGCACCCACAAUGCGAACAGUGAUUCUUUCAGAUAUGAAAAGAGAAAAAGCCAAUAAAGUUUUUGAACAACGUUUAAAAGAAAAUAUUAGUGGACCAGGAGGAUUAAGCCGGCAAUGUCGAUUAGAAUUACAGCGUUUACGAAGUAAUGCACGUGUGGUUGAACGUGAUUUGAUUCGUCUGAAUUCAGAUAUGUAUAAAAUGGCUACUACUCCUCGGCGAAGUUAUGCACAAAAAGUGUCAACAUCGGAGAAUAUCAAUUUUUCAAAACUCACUCAUUUACAGUCACAUCGUCAGCCAACACCAACCGCACUGUCUCAAGAAAUGGAAUCUGUAACAACUACUACUACUAGUAGUAUAUUAUUACUGUCACUUAUUAGACCAUGUUCUGAACAAGAACAACAAGAGUCCAUAACAUUUCCACUACUUCAACAAUCUCCACAAAUUCAUUCGUUUGAAGGUAGAAAGUUAUCAACCAAACAACAUUAUAGUAAUGAAAAAGAAAAUUAUUUUUCAGAAUUUUUACUAAGAAAAUAUAAUCUAAAACAAUUACUUAUUCAAAAUUGUAAACAAACGAAGUCAAAAACACGUUAUUAUAAUAAUAUGAGUCCAAGAGAGAAAUUCAAAAUCGGCAAGUAA